CAAGAUCGCAAGCGAUGGAAGUCUACGAGGCGUACGGUGACGGCGUGGCGCGCAUUCGCGAGGCGGUGAUGGAGAACCAGCUGCAAAUGCGACAGGUGGAGCAGUCGUUGUUGGGCUUUCAGAAGGGUCUUUUGGGCGUCGAGAGGGAGAUGCUGCCGGUCUACAAGCUCACGGAGCAGCUAAGAGGCACACAAAAGAACAUCGAUUUGAGCGUACUGGAGUUGCGUCAGAUCAAUGAGAAUUUUGUGGCGGCACACCAGCUCGCUCCAGUGCUACUGAGCGGCUCCAAAUUCGAGCAGGACGAGUACAUCAAAGCUCUGAAUAAAUUGCUAGUGGCGAUCAAGUUUUUGGAGGGCCAUCGCUCGUUUGAAGGCUCUGGGAAGGCGCAGGACCAAACCAGAGAGCUCCUCACCCAGGUGCGACGCAAAUGCUUAGCAGAUUUCGUCAGUGUUGUGAGCGUCCUAUCGAGAGGGGAGCGAAAUGACGAUGGUGGCUUGAAAUGGGUGGAACCUAGCAAGCAUGACGUGUCCAGAGCUGCUCAGCUGCUGGACUGUCUACUGAUUUCUGGUGUCGACCCAAAGGAGCUUCUUCGAGAGUACGGCAAACAGCGCUUUGAUGUGAUCAGGAUGUUUAUCGGUGAAGAUCCUUCUGGGGGAUCCAUGGGCUUCGAUUUAAACACCCCCGCUACAGCCUUGGCCAAGCGUCUGAACGAUAUUGAAGUUACUAUCGAGGCGGAGAGAAUAUUAGCGAUACUCAUAUACUCGAAUGAAGAGCUGGCCAAUGCGGCAUUUCGUCAUUCCGCGCACCAAGUGCUGGAGUCUUGGAAGAAGGAAAUUGACGUAUCAUUGCGCCCACCCAAACAACUUGAUGCCGUUAAGCUUCUACUGGCUCAUGAUUUGCUACAUUCCCGACUUGAAGCGCUCGAGUCAGCAGUACUUCCGCCUCUGUUGCUACGUGACCGCGAGGAAAAGGAGCUAGAAGAUCCCUGGCUACUGUCGAAGGCUAUACACGCCAUAGUCACUGAGCUUGCUCAGACUGCAAAGCAAAAAUUAUUUAACUUUCAGCCGGUCCUGGUUGAGGCUUCAGGAGACCGAACAAUCACCAAAAAUGGCAAUGUCCACCCAAUUUCCAGUCACAGCCUCAAUUUUCUGCGCAAGGUUUGUGAUCAAGCGAAGCCUCUGAAGAUUCUACUUGAGAAGGACACGGAUGUGACCGCCGUUGGGUUUGUUGACACGGUCGUCACUCAGCUCAUCGGAGCUCUUACAGCAAAGGCUGACCAACUUAAGGGACGAGAAGGCCUAAAGCAGCUCUUCCUCGUUAACAACUUUGGGUACGUCGCCAACUCGCUUCCACACUGUAUCCAGCCCGACGAUGCAGAUCUGGAGAAGCAGCUCCAUGGGACUAUCAAACCUCGCGUGGAUGUCAUGCGGAAUGACGCUCUUGGUGCUUUCAUUCGUCUAAGCUAUGGCGCUUUCAAGGAGAAUUUGAGCGACCCCACGGAGAAGUUGCAGUAUGCAAAAGGCGGUAACGUCUUGACGCUCGAAAGCGGCAGGUUGCUGAAGGAAAUUUUUUCGAAGUUUAAUGACCAGCUUGAAGAGCUCUACAAGACGCAGAGGACUUACGUGGUGGCUGAAGUUCCCAUACGGCAGUACUUGAUUCGAACUGCAGUAGACACGAUCAUCCCAGCAUACAAGGCAUUUUACGAAAAAUACUCGGUCAUCCAGUUCUCCAGAAAGCACGCUUCCAGGUAUCUGAAGUACACUCCCCCGGCAGCUCAGAACCUCUUGACAGACUUGUAUUCGGGGGAGGCUUCUGCAGGAGACAAGCUCAGCGAGGUCAGCUCGUCGUAG